CAUACGCCAGGCCAAUUGGCAAUUCGAGCGACGCGUGCCGAGAUGUGGAAUACAUGCACACAGGGUUCCAUGAAACCUCGAACUUCGAAGCUACUUGCGCACAAUAUCUGAACUCAGAUAAAUUUCAUAGUGAAUUGUCGAAACUGGGCGUAGAACUCCGGUUUGGAUCUGCCCUGUUCAGAACGGGUCAAAUAUAUAUGUGACCUUCGAAACGUCAAGCAGCUGCAAGCCCCUUUGUAUAUAAACUUCAACCAGGACGCCAACUUCCAGGCUACAUAUUACUAUCAUGCUUCCACGUGAACCGUACAAGGGUUCAACGCGAAAAUUAGUGCUUGCAUUUGAUGUCGGGACCACAUUCAGUGGAGUCUCGUAUUGUAUGCUAGACCCAGGGGAGGUGCCUGUUAUUCGAGGAGUAGCAAGAUAUCCUGCGCAAGAGCAUGUCGGAGGUGACUCCAAAAUACCAUCGAUUCUCUACUAUGAUCUUCAAGGAGACGUCCGCGCCGUGGGUGCUGAGGCUUUACAAGAGAAUAUCAUCGAACAGGCAGAAAACGAGGGAUGGGUGAAGCUAGAAUGGUGGAAACUUCAUCUUCGCGCUAAGCAUCUGGCAUCGUCUCACAUACGGGAGGACGAUAUACCAUCUCUCCCACGAGGCAAAUCCGCAGUGGAAGUCCUCGCCGACUUCAUGUGCUACCUCUUCCAAUGCGCUCGGACUUACAUCCAGGAAUCACAUUUGAAUUUCUGGAGAUCGGUCGAGAAUUCUAUUGAGUUUGUGCUCACACAUCCGAACGGUUGGGAAGGCCAACAACAACAACAGAUUAGACGCGCUGUCGAGCUCGCUGGUCUAAUAUCAUCUAAGGAGGAGCAAUCUCACGUGCACCUCUUGACUGAGGGCGAAGCGAGUCUUCAUUUCUGUGUUACCAAUGCGAUUGCAUCGGAUAUAUCCUCUAAAAACCCUAUAGAUGUUUCAGAUUAUGCCGACGAGGAGGAAAAUCAAUCUGACAGCCAGGGGGUCGUUGUCAUUGAUGCCGGAGGUGGAACGAUCGAUCUGAGCGCCUACUCGAUGAAGUUAUCUCCGACUUCAUUCGAGGAGAUUGCCCCAGCUGGAUGUGAAUCCCGCUUUCCUGCGUUAUUAACGGCGUAUAGCUUGUUCAAAUACUAUGUUGUACCCCUUGAAACAUAUUCUAGACACUCCAAAUAG